AUGAAGGCGAAGCGUCCCGUCGGCCGGCCUCGCAAAAAUUGGCCCGUAAAGGAGUCGGAACCUCCCAAAGUCCGAGUUGAAGUUGCGGAUGACCAAGUCGUCGGCCAUCUUAAUGUGAGACCGCAUGGUCAUGCACGCAACGAACUCGAGGAGCGAAUCAACGACCUUAGCGAUUCAUGGGAGACCGAGUCGCUUUUCGAGGAUGUCAUCGAAGAUAUCUCUGAAGAUAGGUUCAUUAACGAUGUUGACGCUGUCACGCCAGAACAGGCUGUGCAGUACCGCCAACAGUUACGAGCUGUUGGACCCCAAGAGUUCUGCAAACGUACAGUUGACUCUGGCACAAUUACAGUCAAGAAGUUACUGACGGCCUUUGGAAUACGGCCGCCUGCAUUCCUUGAUGGGCUUCCAGAUCAUGCCUACUUCGGUUUACUCACUUUGGCCAUGACGCGUGAGUUGGUUAAGCGCGCCAAGCUUCCAACGUAUAACACAAUUGACGACGCCGUGGCUCUGCUGAAAGCAUCGCGAAACAUCGUCGUCUUGACCGGAGCUGGAAUUUCUACUUCGCUCGGAAUUCCCGAUUUUCGCUCAAAAGAAACGGGACUCUACUCGCAACUCGAGAAGCUCGGUUUAGGGAUUAGCGACCCUCAAGAAGUCUUUAACAUAGAUAUCUUCCGGGAAGACCCGACUAUCUUUUACUCGGUGGCAAAGGACAUUCUUCCCGAGACCAAGGGAUUAUACUCGCCAACUCACGCUUUCAUCGCUAAGCUUCAGGAUGAAGGCAAGCUUCUAACGAAUUACUCACAAAACAUUGAUAACAUCGAAGCAAACGCGGGUAUCAGACCGGAUAAACUUGUCCAGUGCCACGGCUCAUUUGCAACUGCUACCUGUCAGAAAUGUGGCUACAAAGUCCAAGGCGACACCCUCUUUGCCGACAUCAAAGCUGGCAAUAUACCGCGAUGCAUCAAAUGCAUUACUGCGCUCCGAACUAACGGCUCGAUGAAGCGCAAGCGCUCUUACAAUAAAUCUACAGGCAAGAAGACCCGGCGUAAGAGCACGGACGAUGAUGACGACGACGAUGGCCAAUACGAUAUCCCCGCCGCUGGCGUCAUGAAACCCGACAUCACUUUCUUCGGUGAGGAGCUACCGGAUGAGUUCAGUCAACGGUUAGUUAAGCACGAUCGUGACCGCGUCGAUCUGGUCAUCGUGAUUGGCACUUCGCUCAAAGUUGCACCUGUCUCUGAAGUUGUGCCUUACCUACCGCCGCAUAUCCCGCAGAUAUAUAUCUCGCGCACGCCUGUCAGCCAUAUUAAUUUCGAUAUCGACCUUCUCGGCGACUGCGACGUCAUCGUUGCAGAGCUGUGCCGUCGCGCGGGUUGGACUCUUAACCACCCCAUGGUGAAGCCCGAUCAAAAGAUCGACAUCAAGCUAGAAGAGGGCUACAAGAGUCGGCAUGUUUUUACGGUAGUUAAGCCCGAAGAAGACUCACCAAACCCAAAACCAAACCCAAAAUCAGAACCGAAACUGAAACCGAAACCAGAGCCAUGA